GUGACAAUUAUAAGUCUGUAUGAGAAGGUUACCGAAGAAGCACAUUAAUUCAAUACAGAUAAGAAUCGUCAUCUUCUCGAAGAGUCCUGAGAGGGGAGGGGGAAUCCACUGUGCUCCCAUGGAAGCAAUGAUGCAGCUAUCUUACGACGCUACGGUGAAGAUUAUGUUACGCUCUUUGGAGCGGAAUUUGCUCCCUGAUGUUGUCGUCAGGAGGCUCACUCGUUUGCUCUUAGCAUCUCGCCUUCGCUCCGGCUAUAAGACCUCCUCUCAACUUCAACUCUUCGAUCUCCUUCAUUUUGUACACUCUUUGAAGCAGAUGCCUAUCGCCAUCGACACUGAUAAGCCGAAAGUUCAGCAUUACGAAUUACCGACCUCUUUCUUCAAGCUGGUUCUCGGCAAGAAUCUCAAAUACAGUUCUUGUUACUUCUCUUCUGCGUCAAAGACACUGGACGAUGCUGAAGAAGCAAUGUUGGAACUAUACUGUGAGAGGUCACGCAUGAAAGAUGGCCAUACCAUCCUUGAUGUUGGAUGUGGCUGGGGUUCGCUGUGUAUAUACAUUGCCAAGAAGUACAGUAAUUCCAGAGUUACAGGGAUAUGCAAUUCCGCAACCCAGAAAGCGUAUAUAGAGGAGAGGUGUAGGGAUCUUAUGCUGCAAAAUGUGGAGAUCAUUGUUGCAGAUAUCAGCACAUUUGAAAUGGAUGCUUCUUAUGACAGGAUAUUUUCGAUAGAAAUGUUUGAGCAUAUGAAGAAUUAUAAAGAUCUACUCAAGAAAAUAGCCGGUUGGUUGAAGGAAGAUGGCCUUCUAUUUGUUCAUCAUUUCUGCCAUAAAGCAUUUGCUUACCAUUUUGAGGACAAAAAUGAAGAUGACUGGAUUACUAAGCAUUUCUUUACUGGCGGAACAAUGCCUUCUGCAAAUCUACUGCUUUAUUUCCAGGUAAGCUUGGCAUAUGCAAGUGCAACUGGAGCUAGCGGAUUCGCUGACCACCGAAUUGAUGAUGUUACUAUUGUCAACCAUUGGCUUGUCAAUGGUAAACACUAUGCAAAGACGAGCGAAGAGUGGCUCAAAAGAAUGGACCAAAACUUGACUUCCAUCAAGCCGAUCAUGGAAUCAACAUAUGGCAAGGAUUCGGCUGUAAAGUGGACUGUCUAUUGGAGAACGUUCUUCAUAGCCGUCGCAGAACUAUUUGGCUACAAUAACGGUGAAGAAUGGAUGGUUGCACAUUUCCUAUUCAAGAAGAAAUGAAUUUAAGCACAAAUCAAAUUUUCCUUCCGUUUAUCAGAGCAUAAAAAUGCCGAAGAAUCAAAGAUGCAUAUUCUAAUGACUGUAAUUUCAUGGAUUCAGACACAAGUUCUUUUGGCCCCCAUUUUUGUGCAAUCUCAUGACUAUGAUAACCAAAAAAAUAUAGGAGCACGUGCGAUUUAUGA